CUCGCGCAGAGCAGGGAGGCAGGUGGAGAGCAGCCGAGCCCUGAGCCGCGCUCCCGGCCCCACCAUGGGCAACAGCGCGGGCCGCAGCGACUUCGAGUGGGUCUACACGGACCAGCCGCACACGCAGCGGCGCAAGGAGAUGCUCGCCAAGUACCCGGCCAUCAAGGCCCUGAUGCGGCCGGACCCUCAUCUCAAGUGGAUGGUGCUGGGGAUGGUGCUGGCGCAGCUGUUGGCCUGCUGGCUGGUGCGGGGGCUGGCGUGGCGCUGGCUGCUCUUCUGGGCCUACGCCUUCGGGGGCUGCGUGAACCACUCGCUGACGCUGGCCAUCCAUGACAUCUCGCACAACACCGCCUUCGGCACUGGCCACCCUGCCCACAACCGCUGGUUCGCCAUCUUCGCCAACCUGCCCUUGGGUGUGCCCUACGCGUCCUCCUUCAAGAAGUACCACGUGGAUCACCACCGCUACCUGGGUGGCGACGGGCUGGACGUGGACGUGCCCACGCGCCUUGAGGGCUGGCUCUUCUGCACGCCGGCCCGCAAGCUGCUCUGGCUGGCGCUGCAGCCCUUCUUCUACUCGCUGCGGCCGCUCUGCGUGCACCCCAAGGCCAUGACCCGCAUGGAGGUGUUCAACGCCCUGGCGCAGCUGGCGGCCAACGCCACCAUCUUCACCCUCUGGGGGCUCAAGCCCAUGGUCUACCUGCUGGCCAGCUCCCUACUGGGCUUGGGCCUGCACCCCAUCUCGGGCCACUUUGUUGCUGAGCACUACAUGUUCCUCAAGGGCCACGAGACCUACUCCUACUAUGGGCCCCUCAACUGGAUCACCUUCAACGUGGGCUACCACAUGGAGCAUCAUGACUUCCCCAGCAUCCCGAGCUGCAACCUGCCCCUGGUGCGGAAGAUCGCGCCCGAGUACUACGACCACCUGCCCCAGCACUACUCGUGGGUGAAGGUGCUCUGGGACUUUGUGUCUAAGGACUCCCUGGGGCCCUACGCCAGGGUGAAGCGGGUGUGCAAGCUGGCGGAGGACGGCCUGUGAGCCCGACGGCCGGCGCCCCGAGUGCACGGACCCUGCUGCCCGCGCCUCAGUGCCCGGUGGGAGCAGGGCCUGUGCUCUCUGGUUGCUGCCCGGCCUCGCCCCGCCCACCUGCUGCAGGGCUGGCCAUCACCUGUCCCCAGGGCGUGUGGUGCCCAGAACUGGUUUGGCUGCAUUUGGUUCCCGCACCCUAGGCUGCUGCUCUUGUCCCCCUGGAGCCCCGAGGCCACGCCUGGAGACAGCGGGCACGGGUGGCAGCCUGGAGAAGCUUGGUCUGCAUGUGGACUGGUGACCGCAGGCUGGGCCCUCCCUUUCAGGACGCCACGGGCGAGGACUGGCCCGGCGCUGGGUGCUCUGUGCCCAGGGAGCUGAUUUCUCUGGCGUGCCCAUGCCCUGAAUUAAAUCAGCAUUUGUUCUCAGGUCCACAGAUGGUGCUUCCCAGGAGUGGGCUCGGCUCCUGGCCGGCAGGGCCUGCGGCUGCGCUCCUCGCUCUGGGGCAGCCCUCCCCGGGGACCCUGUCAUUGAGUGGCCGGUUUUGGGGGUGUGGGCAGAGAUCCACGCGGUCCUUGGGCCACGUCCCCGCUCCCGCCACAACCCCGCCCCCCCCCCGUGCCCACCGAGCUCCUGCUGCACCUCGGGCCCUCACCCCCACUAGCUCAGAUGUGGGGCUUGAGGAGAACAGGUACCACAGGCCAGGCAGAUGGCGGGUGCACAGGCGGCUGGACCGACGGGUGACUGCCCGUGAGCGAGGGCUCUGACGGAAGCAGGCUGGUGUCCUCGGUGUCUCUGCGAAGCGGGACGCGGCUCGUCCGGACUGUGCUGAGGACUAAUGGCCCAACUGAGAGGUGGGGAGGCAUCUUUGGUGUCAGCCCCUUGGCCCAGGGGCUGUGUCGGGGUGUGGGUUCUGGUCUCCCAGAGGCAGGCGGGCAGCACGAGGGAUGCCUGGGCGAGGCCCUCCCUGCCAGAGGAAGCGGCCGGGCAAAGAUGGCCUCCCCUUGGAGCCCUGAGGCUGGGGAGGCUGAGGACCACGGCCCAGGGGCGGGCAUGGCGGGGCUGCCUUAGCUGACCCGGGAGAGGGAGGGCUGGGAGGGGAGGAAGGUCUCAGGUGCCUGAGACCGGGCAGCUGCUGAGCAAGGACUUCCUGCUCGGGGCUGGGAGUGGCCUCGCGUGUGCCAGGCACCCCUGUCCCCGGGUGGUCUGACCACUGAGAUGGCCCGGGGAAGAGGCCCUUGGGCUGGCUGUGGGAGGGCAGUGCGGCUCUGAGCCUGGGCAGGCGGCCCCUCCUUGUGCACACAGGCUGGCCUGGGCCCAGGGGAGCCCCAGAGAGCCCAGCUGAGCCUCGCGAGCUCUCCGUGUCCGCCAGCGAGCUUAUCUGCCGACGGGACGGUCACGGCUGGGCCUCACCCAGAGCCGAAGGUGGGCCCAGGGCAGGGGUCUGGCACAACUCUCUCUCGAGGCAGCUGCCCGGGAAGAGGACAGCACCCCAUCACCACCUGCCAGCACUCCCGCCCCGAGGCCCCGAGGCGACAGGAUUCCUGGACGGCAGGAGGCGGAAGGAGCCCGG